CGUAAGAAUUCUUCAAGGUGAUUUACGUCCAAUAAUGGUGGCCAAGUAAGUCGAAGUAGACAUUUAAGAAAUAGCCAUGAGUUCAGAAAUAGAGCCCCACAUUACGAAAAAAUAUGAAAUCAAGAAACGUCUAGGAAAAGGGGCUUAUGGAAUAGUAUGGAAAGCAGUUGACAGAAGAACAGGAGAGGUUGUUGCUGUAAAGAAAAUUUUUGAUGCCUUCAGAAAUCAAACAGAUGCACAGAGAACAUUCAGAGAGAUAAUGUUUCUCCAAGAAUUUGGAGAUCAUAACAACAUUAUUAAGCUGCACAAUGUGAUCAAAGCAGAAAAUGACAAAGACAUCUACCUCGUUUUUGAAUUUAUGGAGACAGAUCUGCAUAAUGUUAUAAAGAGAGGGAGCAUUCUCAAGGAUGUACAUAAACGUUACAUCAUGUAUCAGCUGUUCAAGGCCACCAAGUACCUUCACUCGGGCAAUGUCAUACAUAGAGACCAGAAGCCCUCUAAUAUUUUACUGGACAGUGAAUGUGUUGUAAAAGUCUGUGACUUUGGGCUUGCUCGGUCCUUGACACAGAUUGGGGUAGAUGCCGAGACUGGAGACCCAAACUUGACAGAAUAUGUAGCUACUCGCUGGUACAGAGCCCCAGAAAUCCUGCUAGCAUCUCACAGGUACACAAAAGGUGUUGACAUGUGGUCCCUGGGAUGUAUCCUUGGGGAGAUGCUUGGAGGAAAGCCUUUGUUCCCAGGAUCAUCCACCCUUAACCAGAUAGAGAAAAUCAUGAGCACUAUUCCAUUGCCAUCCAAAGAAGACAUUGACAGUAUCAAAUCUGCUUAUGGUGCAUCUAUAUUGGAAAAGGCAACAUUAAAAUCAAAGAAAUCAAUAGAAGAACUAUUACCGGACGCUCCAAAAGACGGCAUAGACUUACUGAAAAAACUGUUGUUGUUUAAUCCGGACAAGAGGAUCACUGCUGAUGAGGCACUCCGACAUCCAUACAUCUCCAGAUUUCACAAUGCUGCUGAGGAGGUAUCCCUGAAUUACGAUGUUGUUCCACCUCUCAGUGAUGAUGUUCAGCUGACUGUGGAGGAGUACAGGAAUAAGUUGUAUGAGAUGAUAAUACAGAAGAAACAAGAGAGGAGGAGAAAACGUCAUGAGAUUAGAAGUGCCCAACAGCUGAGGGAGUCCAGCCCUGAAGAAAACCCCCCACCCAGUGAACCUUACCAGAAAGAAAACACUAUGCCAGCUAAAUUCUCAUCAGCAUCCUCCAAAUACAACAAGCCAGUAGCCGAGGUGCACCCGCACUCGGCCCCUCAUCACCAGUCCUCCUUCACUUCAGCCUUUGGAAGAACGACACACACAGAUCCCAAGGACAUGAGAGCCAGACAGCACAGUCGACAGAGGAUGAACGACCAGAUCCCCCCUUCCUACUCCAGCAGUGCUGCGAUGCAGUUGUAUGACAUUUUUGUUCGAGCACAAAAUCCGAGGCUUCAAAUGAACCCAUUCCUUCUGGGUAGAAACCAGAUGCAAGACCCUUAUCCUCCUAUUUCAAAAAAUAGACAGACGUCUGCACCAGCAGCUACUAGAGCAGGGUCACGACCCAGCUCAAAAUACGGCAGUCAGCCGGGCUCAACAAAAGAGGACAGGGGAGGCUUAUCUGUAACCAGUUCACGCCUGUUAGGCAUUGGUCGGUUGAUAAAAUGUGCAAUGGAUCCACCACUUCCACCUAUAAGAUCUUCCUAUCAAGCAUAUUGCGACUCGUACCAUGACACAUACCAUCCCGUCAGUGUGCAUGGUAACACGUACCACAAUACGUUCUACGAUUCGUAUCGAGACGGUGAUGUUCCUGGCCAGAGACCAGUAUCAGCCACGACCCAGAAACAGAAACCAAUCUAUGGAAAGAAGCAGUUCAGUAAUGCAAUCAACAACCCCUCCCAUGGGGCCCCAAAGGCCUACUUUGGAAGUUACAACCAGAAUAUUGGAACCAUCUCUGCCUCAGGUCUGGCUGCCAUACAGGGGGGCAAAAAAUCCUGAAGACUGACUGACAGAAGAUUCACAGUACCUUCCCAUGGACGCCAUUUGGCCAUACAGACUUUAAUUUCAUAUCUGAUCAAGAUAUAUGUGGAGGUUAUUUUUGUGGACUAAAUGGUGAAAAUUUUACACUAAAUGACAGGGUCUACGUAUACAUUGUAUAAAAACAAAACAUAGCAUUAUUUGACUUUGUAUAAGUGCAUUACCAAUCCCAAGUUAUGUUUAUUAAUAGCUAUUGAUAAACAGAAGAGGAUAGAUAAUAUAGCCAUGGCCAUACUUAAGUUGCCAUAAAAGAUUUUCCUAAUGGGAUUAUAUAAAUUAAUGUGAUCAUUACCUGCUAUCUAUGAAUAUAGAGUGAUCUCUAGAAUUGGAAAAUUGCAAAACAUAAUAUGUAUUCAUAUCUUUGUAAUUCACACCUACAUAGUUCCCUGUCUUUUACUUAGAGAAUGGAGGAUUUCAUUAUUUAUACAUUAACUUAGUUGGUGCACAAUUAGCUUUUAAAAGUUUAAAGGUUAUUUGUACUUGGUGUGCUAAGAUCUAGCAUUCAUAAUUACUCAGUGGGAUUAUUUCUUCUUAAUCUCAGCAUUAAAUCAAUAAAAGUAAGAUUAAGUAGGUAAUAUGCUUUACAAAAUUUUCUAAAUUAAUGUUUAAUGAAUGAGUGGGUGGGGCUGUUAAAAUAUCGUACCAGUAAUUAAGGAAACUUUCCUCUGAUUUCUUAGGUUAAUGAGAAAUACAUCCCUAGUUAUAAUGUGUUCAUUGUCUGUAAAUAUUAGCAUUUGUCAUUGUACAGCCAAUCACAAAUCCUUGUCAUACCACAGUAUUAUUCCAUCCACAAACCAAACAUUCCACUAGUGUAGGGCUGUAACAGGGGUGGCUAGCUAGCCAAUCAGGUGAAGGAGUACUAACUAUGAUCUACUUGUAGCAGCUCCAGUUGAUGAGAUCCCAGGGGGGCUAGGGGUCCAUUGUUUACUACUGUCCCUGUGGGGAUGGUGUGGACACACCAUUACUUAAAUCACUUAUGACUAUUGUUACACAGUGUAUUGUAUAAAAUUGUUAUUAUUAUGUAAGUUAUAAAAAAAAUCAUUAAUAUAUGACAGAUGUGUGUAUUUUUAUUAUCAUAUUUAUUGAACAUGUAUUGUUCAUAAUGCAUGGCUUAAUUUUAUUUGGAAGUAUGACUGAAUGUUUGCCUGUGCAUGAAAGAAUUAUUCUAUCACAUUUUUGUUUUAUAUUUUUAUUUUGUCUCUAUGUAUAUUGUAAAAAAAAAAAAAGAAAGAUGAAAAUGUUAUCUUCUUGUCAAGACUGAUACUUGGUGAAUAGUGAAAGGAAACCUUAAAAACUUAACAUACUAAGGUGAACAGUGAUCAAAUACUAUUCUUAUUACAAGUAUGUUUUGAUACUGUAUGCAUCCAUUUAGCUGAUAGAAAGAAAUCACAAUAAAAUGAUGCUGAUUUAUGUACCAAAAUUCCUCUAUGAGGUAAUCCUAAAACCACUAGUACUGAGUGCAAGAUUUGAUUUUGUGAUGAUGCAAGGGGUCUCAGUGAUAAGUAUGUGUGAAUGAAGCUGUCUAAAUAAUAAGAAAAGUCCAAUGGACUUUAUUUCAUAGUGAGUUUGUUUUGAGGAAUUUUGUAUUUCUCAGAUUGUUGAUGUAUUUAAUUGCCUAUUUUUGUGUUUUUAUUGCUAAUUCCAUACAGAUGUGAUAUUUGAUUCAUUUUAUACCAGAUGACCGUUUAUAUGUAUAUAUAGAGUCUAAUCACCCAGUGUCCGUCCUAAACAAUGUGAUUGUAGAUCUUUUAUUUGACCUUUUUUAUUAUCAUUGAUUUUUAGCAUUUUUCUGUUUAGUUGUACUAUGACACAUCAGCUGCCCUUUUUACCAGUUGGUUCACGUUGAUUCGUGUCAGCCUAGAAGUCUAGAAUACCAGCUACAUAUAAAAAGAAAUUGAUAAUAAAGGUGGAUGAAAUCUA